ACGAAAGAGUUGAGGCCCGGAACUUUGCUGCCUACCGGGAAACAGAAAUUCAGAAAAAUAUUUCCCCAAUUGGCCAACUCCUCUAAAACCCUAAAACCUUAACUUCUCUUCUCCUUUCUCGCUUGACCACUGGCCCGAGUACUCCAACCGGCCUCGUUUCCUCUCCCACCUUAAACCCUUUACCAAAACCCUCUCAAAAAUGUCAUCUUCUAUCCCUCUCCGCCACCUACGCCACCUUUCGACCACCACCACAACCGCCGCCACGGCCUCAUCCUCCAUUUCCAUUUCCAUUUCCCAAGCCAAAAACAAACUCCGCACCGAGUACGACCCUGACAAAGCCCUCGAAAUCUACUCUUCCGUUUCCAAACACUACUCUUCCCCUUCCUCUUCCCGCUACGCCCAAGACCUCACUGUUCGCCGCCUCGCGAAGUCCCGCCGUUUCUCCGACAUCGAAUCCUUAAUCGAGUCGCACAAAACCGACCCGAAAAUUACGCAGGAGCCCUUCCUCUCCACUCUCAUCAGAUCCUAUGGCAUCGCUGGCAUGUUAGAUCAUGCGAUCAAAACUUUCGAUCAGAUGGACCAAUUUGGUACCCCCAGAUCCACCAUUUCUUUCAACUCCUUACUCUCUGCUUGCAAUCAUUCGAGGCAAUUCGAUAAAGUCCCCCAACUGUUCAAAGAAAUUCCCAAAAAAUACGGCAGUGUGUCACCUGACAAAGUUUCCUAUGGGAUUUUAAUUAAAUCUUAUUGCGAGGCGGGUCAUCCCGAUAAAGGGAUUGAGGUUUUAAGAGAAAUGGAAAGGAAAAGCGUGGAGGUAACUGCAGUUACUUUUACUACAAUAUUAAAUGCUUUGUAUAAGAAGGGGAAAACAGAAGAGGCUGAGAAGUUGUGGAGUGAUAUGAUGAAGAAUGGUUGUGAAUUAGAUGUUGCUUCUUAUAAUGUUAGGAUCAUGAAUUUGCAAGGCGGCGAGCCGGAGAAAGUGAAGGAAUUGAUUGACGAGAUGAGUACCAUGGGUUUGAAGCCAGAUACGAUUAGUUAUAAUUAUCUCAUGACUUGUUAUUGCAAGAAUGGCAUGUUGGAUGAAGCUAAGAAGGUUUAUGAAGGUUUGGAAGGUAAUGGGUGUAAUCCAAAUGCGGCUACUUUUAGGACUUUGGUGUUUUAUUUAUGUUUGAAUGGGUUGCAUGAGCAAGGUUAUAAGGUGUUUAAGGAAAGUGUGAGAUUGCAUAAGAUCCCAGAUUUUAAUACGUUGAAGCAUUUGGUGGAGGGGUUGGUGAAGAACAAGAAGAUCAAGGAGGCGAAAGGGUUGAUCAGGACGGUAAAGAAGAAGUUUCCUCCUAAUUUUUUGAAUGCUUGGAAGAAGCUUGAGGAGGAACUUGGCUUGGUUUCUGGUAAUGCUGGUGGUGGUGAAGCUCAAGAAGCUAAAGAGGCUACAGGUUAGAGGUGGGGUGGGCUUUAGUUGUUAUUUGCUUGUGGCUGAGUCAAGCUGCUUUCAUUUCACCUGCAGCUGAGAAUGAUCUGACUUGUGAUGAAGUAUGCGAUUAGCCAUGUUAAUUUCAGGUGAAGCUGCAACUAAAGCUUGAAUGGUGAUGAUUUUUAGCUGCAAAUAGUUUUACAAGCAUCAAUUCUGCUUUAAUUGUAAGGAUCGAUGUCAUUUUUUGCUUGUUGUUUUAUGGGUGUACUUGUUUUGGAAGGAAAAGAACAUUCUAAUAAUCUACAAUUUACUUAUUUCAAUGAAUUUUCUGGUUAAA